AUGGGCAUCUCACUCGGCUCCAGGCUUUCCUUUGAGGGCGGACUCUGCACAGUUCGCUAUAUUGGUGAGGUCAAGGGGACGAAAGGGCAGUGGCUGGGUGUAGAGUGGGAUGAUUCAACCAGGGGCAAACAUUCAGGAGAACAUGACGGGGUGAAAUAUUUUCAAUGCAAAAGCAAGCAUCCAACAGCGGGUUCUUUUGUACGCCCAACGAGACAGGCUGAUCGAAAUCUGAGUUUCUUACAAGCUGCAAAUGAGAAAUAUGUUUCAGAACUUGAGCCCGUGUCUUCUGGUCAUGAAGACCUCCUAUCAUCCAAGCCGAUUGAGAUCAGCGGCAAAAUUGUUGAAGAAGUCGGUUUUGAAAAAAUUCGCCGGCUGCUUGCAGAAUUGCAGGAGCUUCGAAUCGUUCUUCUGGAUGGCAUGCGUGUUUAUGGCGUGCUGGCCGGUGAAGGAAGCCGAGAAGAAUACGAAAAUGAGCUUAAAAUAAUCGCAAGGACUUGCCCGAAAAUCGUCGAGCUGGACCUCAGUCGUAAUGUCCUUCGAAGAUGGACCGAUGUGGCAGCUAUAUGCGAGCAGCUAAAACUUCUAAAGAUUCUUAAGUUGAACGGGAAUCGUUUUGACGAAAUUGGCGAAAAUAUAACACUUGACGGUAUUGCCGAGUUAGCCCUGGACGAAACUCUUAUGGAAUGGAAGGAGGUCGCCGCUGUUUCGAAACAGUUUCCGUCGUUGCGGUCAUUAUCUGUCUCCGGAAAUGAAUUUACGUCGCUUCCAUGUCCAAUAUCAAGCACAAUCCAGGAGCUUAUACUGGAAUAUAAUGGCUUCGAGUCUAUCCAUUCCAUUCGGCAGUUAGCCUCCCUGUCCGAGCUGAAGAAGUUAUCCCUUCGCGGAAAUAUGAUUAGCAGGAUUGGAUCUGACAAUCCACCAACGAUUCCAGAAAAAUCCAACAUCGUGUUUUCAUCCACUCUUACUUCCCUUGACAUAUCAUUUAAUAAAAUAAGCCACUGGUCAUUUAUCGACAUGCUUCCUAGGGUGUUCCCUGGGCUCGCUACUCUUCGAGUUUCCGAUAAUCCGCUAUACGACCAACCACCGGCUCCUUCCCGCGUCACAAAUAUGCCCGAGUAUCCAAUGACUGUCGAUGAAGCAUACAUGCUCACUCUCGCCCGCCUCCCUCGGCUCGAGACUUUAAACUACAGCAAAAUCACAGACCAGGAUCGCAAUAAUGGCGAGCUAUACUACCUGUCUCUGAUCCGGAAAGAACUUGCUGCAUCGCCACAAAGUGAAGAAAAUCACAUCUUAGAAUUGCACCCGCGAUACAGAGAGCUAUGUAGUACGUAUGGAGAGGUCGAAAUAAACCGAGAAACAGAGAGCUCUGGAAGUGGAAUACACCCUCGAUCUCUUGCGGCUCGACUCGUCACCUUUAACUUCUACCUACCCGACCGUCAAAACCAAAAGCCCAUCUCUCAGAAACCAGACAUGACUGCUAGUGCUGAAUACAGUACAAAUAUUCCAAAGUCGUUCGAUGUCUACCGCAUCAAAGCUCUUGUCGCACGGCAUUUCUCACUCUCCCCCCUCCGUUUCAAACUAGUGUGGGAAACAGACGAGUGGGAUCCGAUCGAGGAAUCCUGGGCUGAUGAUGAUGAAUGGGAUAGUAGUGAUGAAAUCGACGAACCUGGUCCACAACACGGUAGCUCAGCCUUGAAACACGAGGAUGGCAAGAAGCUCAUACGGCGUGAGGAGGAGCUAGUGAACUCAACGAGGGAGGUUGGGUUUUGGUUUACGAACGAGACUCGACAAGUUAGGGUGCGGAUAGAGUCGUUCUAGAUAGCUUGGUUGUUGUCGGCUGAAUUAUAGAUAUAUUGCCAAUGUAAGUGAAGGAGAAUGCACCAGUACCUUCCAAUACAUGUCCACCGAAGCACCACCGCAAUUUCAUUUUAAUAUCAAUUAUAUACAUAAACAUAUUUAUAUGAAUAUUUUUUCAC